GUUUCAAUGAACUUCACAACCAUUCCCCUCCAAAACCCUAGUUUUUUCAACAACUCUCAAAGUUCUCUAGCAGGAGCACUACAAGGAUGCAUUGGGAGCCUUGAUGGAGCAUGUUUGGAAAAACUAUUGCUUCAUUGUGCAAGUGCCUUAGAGAACAAUGAUGUUACUUUGGCUCAACAAGUCAUGUGGGUGCUCAACAAUUUGGCUUCUUCUAAUGGAGAUCCAAAUCAAAGACUCACAUCAUGGUUCCUUAGGGCAUUAAUUUCAAGGGCUUCUAGGGUUUGUCCUAAUGCCACAAAUCUUCAUGGAGGUAGUAAUCUUGAAAGGAGAUUAAUGAGUGUGACUGAGCUAGCAGGGUAUGUGGAUCUCAUCCCAUGGCAUAGAUUUGGAUUUUGUGCAUCAAAUAGUGUUAUUUAUAAGGCAAUUGAAGGUCAAACAAAAGUUCACAUAUUAGAUUUUAGUAUCACUCAUUGUAUGCAAUGGCCAACUCUCAUUGAUGCAAUUGCUAAGAGGCCUGAGGGUCCUCCUUCACUCCGAAUAUCGGUGCCUUCAUGGAGACCACAAGUUCCUCCAUUGCUCAAUGUGUCAAGUGAAGAAGUUGGCCAACGUUUGGCAAAUUUCGCAAAAUUUAGAGAUGUUCCUUUUGAAUUCCAUGUGAUUGAAGACUUGAACUAUGACAUGUUCUUGAGCCAAUUGAAUCCUUCAACUCUUCAAAUUAGAGAUGAUGAAGCUUUGGUUGUGAAUUGCCAAAAUUGGUUAAGGUACUUGCAUGAUGAUGAACAAAUUAAGGGUGCAAUUUCGUCUCGCGACAUAUUUCUUGAUAGGGUUAAGGAUUUGAACCCUUGUAUUGUGACUAUUGUUGAUGAAGAUUGUGAUUUGGGAAACUCAACUACUUUAACAUCAAGAAUAGCCGCUUGUUUCAACUAUCUAUGGAUACCCUUUGAUGCAUUAGAGACAUUCUUGCCUAAGGAUAGUAAACAAAGGCUAGAUUAUGAAGGUGAUAUUGGCCACAAAAUUGAAAACAUUAUUGGAUUUGAAGGGAACCAAAGGAUAGAGAGAUUAGAGAGUUGCAACAAGUUCUCACAAAGGAUGGAAAAUAGUGGUUACAUGAGUGUACCUUUUAGUGAAGAAACAAUUAAGGAAGUGAAGUCAUUGUUGGAUGAGCAUGCAAGUGGAUGGGGCAUGAAAAAAGAGGAACAUGACAUGCUUGUAUUAACAUGGAAAGGUCAUAACUCAGUCUAUGCAACAUCUUGGGUCAUAGUCCCCACCACCCCAUAUGGACCUGAGUAG